AUGGCAAGGAGAAAGGCAAAUCUGCGCACACGUCCCAAGAGUGUUACAUUACAAAGCGGCGGGUCACAAGAUGCGGAUGAAGUGGGGGACCAAGACAUGCAUGACGCUUCUACACAAGUUUCUACACAAGUUUCUACACAAGGAUCAGAUGUGCAACCAGCUAAACGUGUCACUCGCGGGCCAAACAAGUACUUGGAAAUUUGGGAUCUUCCUGAUGAUCAAGAAAUUGAGUUGCCACUAAAUAGCAUGUAUCAGCCGGUUGAUGAGGGGGCAAGGACUUUCACUGGUUUCUUGGGUACGAUUGCACGGAAACCCCACAUGUGCCCGAUUAAAUACCUUGACUGGAAGGUCAUGCCAGAAGAACUUAAAGAAGAGUGUUGGCGUCUUGUAAAGCGAAAAUACCAAGUCCCUGAUAAUCCUAAGGCAUAUGAGGGUUUGAAGAAAUUUACUUUACAAAAAAUUGGGAAGGCGUGGAGAGAUCAUAAGUGUAGGCUAAAGGCUAAGUAUUAUAUACCGCAUUCAAGAAACAAAGCACGGGUGAAGAGCAACGGACCUAGGAAAUGCAUACCAGAAGAUUGGAAUAUACUUGUUGAUCAUUGGUAUUCUGAUGAUGCAGUGAUAGAGUCAGAUAAGAAUAAGGACCGUCGUUCUAAACAGGAUGACAUACAUACUGGUGGUUCAUGUGGCUAUGCUAUGCACGCUGCAAAAAAGGCAAAAACGGAUGGACAUCCUGUAGAGCGUGCAGUAUUAUUUCAAAUUCUACAUACUCGUAAAGAUGGAUCUGCAGUUAAUCCUGCAAUGAAAGAAAAAAUGGACAAAAUGAGGGAAUUGUUGGCUGACCCUGAGAAUCAAUUGCAGUCAUCUGACACAAGUGGUAGUAUUGCAUGGUCAAGAGAUGAUGUGUUUGCCAAAGUGAUGGGUAAGGAGCACAAAGGUCGCAUUCGUGGGGUAGGAUUUGGUCCAACCCCAAGUGGUCAAAGUAGCAAGACUGCUCUCACGGACAGUGAAAUACGAUUAAGUCAAGCAAGGGACGACGAAGUUGCACAAUUGAAGGCUUCCUUGGCUACUAUGGAGGAGAAACUAGCAGGUUUUGACGAAAUGAAGGAAAAAGUUAGUCAAUUCGAAGAAAUGGAGCAAAGAAUGGAGGAAAGAAUGGAGCAAAGAAUGGAGCAAAGAAUGGCUCGCCUGCUUCAACAGAUGCAACAAACUACACAAUGCAAUCAGGAUCUUUCUCCGGUCGAACAAUCUCCACCUCUCCCCAGAUCAUCAGCUGCAUCUCAUCAACCAAGAAGCUUAUAAGUUUUAUCUUGGAGUUCUUGGACUUUUUUGUGUACGAAGAACUAUGGAAGAACAACCGCAUUUUUUGCAAGUGUUGAAAGAUAAUUUUAAACACUUUGAAAUUUUGAUUAUAGUAUUAGAUUAAUUUCAGCGGUUGUUUUAUUCAAAUCACCACAUCUUUUUUUUGUUAAUUUGAAGAUGGUGGUUAUAGAUAAUGCUAUGUAUUUGAUAAUACAUUUCUAUGUUAAUAUUACGUUAGUUUCAAGACA